UAAGCAGCUGUGUGCAGAAAAACAAAAAUAUACAAAUUGGUGAUAAAAUACAAAACUACUUAUGUAUUUUGCUUAAAAAACGACUUGCAGACAAUUUAAAUAGCUAGUAUAUACAGCUUUGUAAAAACAAAGCACAGUGUCAUCCAACAUAAACCAAAAACAAAAAGGGAAAGAAGCUACAUAUAUUUCAAUAGUUUACAGUAAAUAAAAUAAAUUCUAAUUAGAGUAAAAACAAAUUAAAAAAAACAAAUGGCUGAAUUUUCCGUUGAACGUGUUGAAGACAAACGCACCGUGAACGGACGCACAGAGUAUUAUUUAAAGUGGAAAGGAUAUCCGCGCAGUGAAAACACUUGGGAGCCGGUUGAAAAUCUCGACUGUCCUGAUUUAAUAUCUGCGUUUGAGGAAUCUUUGAAAGCUACAAAUCCUAACGCCAAGAAGGAGCCAAAAGAAGCCAAGAAGCGCCUAUCCACAUCAUCAUCAUCCACACCGGAUUCAAUCAAAAGUAAGCGCAAAUCAUAUAUGGAGGAAGAAACUGAGGAUCAAAAGAAGCUUAUUGGCUUCGAUCGCGGCCUAGAGCCAUCGAAGAUACUUGGCGCUACUGACUCUUCGGGCUUUCUCAUGUUUCUCAUGAAAUGGAAGGGGAGCGACCAUGCUGACUUGGUGCCCGCCAAGCUUGCCAACGUCAAGUGUCCGCAAAUUGUCAUACAGUUCUAUGAGGAGCGUCUAACAUGGCACACUGGGACUAGCAGUGGAAAUGGCAAUGCCGGUGGAAAUGGCGGUGGCAGUGUAAGCGGUAGUGGAAGUGGAAUUGGAAGCGGCGGACUUGCAAUUGAUACUGGCAGCAACAGCGGCAGUAACAGCAACAGCGGCAGUAUUGCUCUCAGUGGUGGAACCCCAGUCAGCACUGGCAUGCCCAGUCCUGUUGACAUCGGCAGUCCUGGUAGCAACGAGGAAAAUAUAAAGCCCGACUCCAACGAGUUGCCCCCAGUCGAUGUCGCUUAAGGCUUGGCGGCAAACGCGCAUACAUAUGUACACACAAUGCACACUUCUAACAAUCUACACACUAUAUACAUACAAAUAAGGCA